AUGGAUAAAGGAGGUAAAAGCCCUACGCCCAGGUAUGAAAUGAUGGUCGCAGAGCCAGCGCUGCGUAGUGAAAAUCCUCUUACAGUGCACGACUCCGAGAGUGAAAUACAUGAUGGUCCAGCAUUACAAGAGAAUGAUGAUGGUGAAAUGAUGGUCGCAGAGUCAUCCCUGGUUGGUGAAAUUCAUGUUGGGUUCUAUGACUCUGGGAGUGAAAUACAUGAUGGUCCACCAUUACAAGAGAAUGAUGAUGGUCAAAUGAUAGUCGCAGAAUUAGCACUCGGUGAAAAUCCUGUUACAGCGCAUGACUCAGGGAAUGAAAUGCACGAUGGUCCACCAUUACAAGAGAAUGAUGAUGGUCAAAUGAUGGUCACACAGUCAUCCCUGGCUGGUGAAAAUCAUGUUGUGGUGUAUGACCCUGGGAGUGAAAUUCACGAUGGUCCACCAUUUCAAGAGAAUGAUGGUCAAAUGAUGGUCGCAGAGUCAUUCCUGGCUGUUGAAAAUCCUGUUAUGGUGUAUGACCCUGGGAGUGAUGGUAGGACUCCAAUACAGGAGACUGGUGAUGGUCAAAUGCUGUAUCAACAACCAGCACAGGUUGUGAAUGGACUGUCCAGCCAUUGUGAAUGCAUUGUGAAUGGACUUUGA